UUUUCUGCCGUGUCGUCAGACAACUCUGCCAGAAGAGAUGGAAGACAAUAAACGCGCUUUACUUGAUGCCCAAAAUUGGCAAUUGAUCCCAAAAGUGACGAGGCGAGGAGAGAAGGCGACAGACAGACUUUCAACCUUUCAUUCAGGAAAAUGACAACUCCUAGGAUUUUGGGUCACGCGCUGGUGGAUUAGAUUAGAUACAGUACCGUGAAGACCAGUAGUGACACUCUAGCAGCAACAACAGACAAUAGUGACCAUCUGUGAUACCACCCAUUCUCAAGUGCUACGCGGAUGUUUCGUGUUAAAUGUAAUUUAGUGGAGUGAACUUGUGCAGCUUGUCGGCUCUAGCAAUUUUGCUAUCUCAUCAACAACACUUUCCUCGCUUAGGAUCACUCCUAUCUGCUGUAGGUACCACAUUGUUUGAUGAGGAGUACGGAAAAUUGUGUGUGAUCCGUGGGUGAGACAGCUGAUUGCCACUCGGUAAGAAGCGCUGCUACUUAUAGCGAACCUUUCUGGCACAUUUUAGUUGUUCAACAAUCGACGUACGUCAUGAAUAUUGUUCUCGUUGUUGUGUUUUUGACUUGCUCGACGCUCCCUCUUUGUUGUUCAAAGCCCAAAAAGCAUGAUGUAUGUCAUCCUGGCCGAGAUGGCGUGAACGGUCGAGACGGUAGAGAUGGAACGCCUGGGAUAUGCGUCGAACAACCAGGACAAGAAAAGGAGAUUGCAAAGCUGAGAAAGGAGCUUGACAAACUCACCGAUUCAGUCAUUAGAAUGUCUUCCCUUCCAUCUGGUACUCGCAUCUGCGCUCCAGGUAGCUAUAUGGCAUUGGGCUUCUGUCUACCUAAAUCACCAUCACCCUACGUUGAUCACGCUUAUUGUCCGUCUGGCUUCGCGCUGUCCAGAGGAGUCUGCUACCGUUGGCCUUCACCUCAAUGUCAAACUCAAAACCUCGCUAACGCUGACAGUAUAUGCAAAGCGCUAAAAGGACGGUUGUGUGCUGUUCCAGAGUUGGACCGUUUGGCGGGCACAGGGUGUAAUUUCGACUCUGCGGGCAGCUGGGCUUUACUGGGUGUUCAGUACAGUACUACGUACAGUCAAGUGUAUGGUUACUGUCUCAGAGAUGACAACACCCACACCGCAGCACUCAAUGACUCAAUGACUCAAUCGUCUACGGACGACGUGCUAACUAUUGCCUGGUGUAAUGCAGUGACGUCUCUCGCACCGGAGGCUCAGAGUAACAUCAAAGCAGGAGUGAUAUGCUGCAAGACCUGAGACUCGCUUCAGUAGCAAUUUCCGCCGCCGGACAUUAGUUAAUUCAUUACAAUUCGUUCUCUACGAUGCAGUAGCUAAGAACUUUACUUCUAGAUCGCUGUAAGUGUAUGCAAGCUACCUAUUUCGCGGGUAACUUGCAGUGGCGGAGUUGUAAACUGUAAACGUGGGCAUGUCUGUAUACAAAUAUAGCGUAAAAACAACAUUGUCG